GGGGACGCUGACACCAUGCGCUCCGUAUCGCUAGCGGCGCUCGUCCUGGCCUUGGCGAGCCCGGCUCACGGCCACUGGGCCUCGUCCCGCCGCGGUCAGAACCGCCGCCUGACGGGCGUCUCCGUCGCCGAGACGGUCCCGGGCAUUUCGGCCGCCCAGUGUCAGCUGGUCUGCCUGCAGCGCGGCGACUGCCGCAGCUUCAACCACCACCGGGUGGACGCCGUCUGCGAGAUCUUCACCGUCACCGUCUGCGACCACCACAGCUACUACAUCACCAGCACUGACGGCUGGAUCUGGUACGACGUUGUCUCCGACCCGUCCCAGGAGUCCAAAAGCCAGCUGUGGACUGACAGCAUCUGCACGGACGGUGGCCGCUGCCGGGACGACAUCUGCCUGCGCAGGCUGGAUGAGCCGUGUCGGGAGCACAACCAGUGCCGGUACCACGUCACUGGCGGCACACAGUGCUCGUCCAGCCAGUGUGUCUGCGACUCCGCAAGCUGGAAGUACAACACCACACUCUGCGAGAAGACCAACAUCGAGCUCACCACCGACGGCGAACACUGGGUGUUCAAGGAGCUGGUCAACGGGAUCUGUUCCAUGGAAUUCGACGCGCAGGCCACUGACGAUCUACGGUUUGUGCUCACCGAGUCCAACACGCAUUACUCCAACCGCUACCACUUUCGCAUUGGCUACAAUGGCAACAGCGCCACCUACGCCGAGAGGAUUCAGGAGGGUGUCAGGAGUGACACCUUCGCCUCCUACUCAGGUGAUCUGCUGGACGGCAACAACUACCGCAGGUACGGCCUGCACUGGUGCAGCGGCCAGAUACGCUUCUACAGGCCGGGAAUCGACACCUACAUCAGCUGGGAUGACCCAGAGCGCUUCUCGCCCGGCUACAUCGGCAUCUCCACCGCGCUGCAGGGACGGUGGCGCUUUACAAAGGACAUGGUGGACCUCUGGAUGGGAGACUGGUCCGAUGACCGCGUCUACACCAUACCCAGGUAUUCCACGUUGUUCCGCCGCGCGACGGAGCAGACCUUCUCGGUGACGUUCGACUGCCGCGCCUCCAACGACUGCAACUGGCUCGCCAGCGACACCGUCAUCUGGGACCACUCGCACAUGUACAGCAUCGUCAUCGGAGGCUGGGGCAACCAGUACAGCAGGGUGCAGCGCCACACUCCCGGCGUCGGCUGGGCGACUCUGGCCUCCAAAAAAAUGUCAGGUAUUGUCAGCCGGAGUGAGCUGCGCAAGUUCCGAAUCCGCUUCGAGCCCGGCCGGAUCCGCGUGUACAGAGCCAGUAGACCGAAUGCGUUCCUGGACGCAACUGACCCGUCCCCGAUCACCAUCAACUUUCACGGUCCGCGCAGCUGCUGCGACAGCGCCGGCAUGGACGUACGACUGGUCAGGUACGACCGCAGCUGGAGCUACGAGGCCGGCUACCGCUGGGCCGAGGACCUGCAGUAGCUGCUGCAGCGCGUGAACUCACAGCAUCAGCCAUCAGCUCCCAUGAGCCACCGCUAUGCCGGUUAAGAAAUCAGCCGCAGCCAGGGUGGCGGGCAGGUGUAUGAGCUCCUGUCCAGUGGAGGUCCGCACCCCUCCCCCCCCGCCACACACUUCGGGGGGAAAGUGAGCCAAAUCCGGAAAGGUCUCCUGGGUGUGUACUCGAUGUUGAAGCUGUGAUCUCCAAUAUCCUCCUCAGGAUCACAAUGCAUUCGGGAAAACUUAAGACGUACUGAACAAGAGACGUGAAUAAAAAAUGUAUUUGAACUGGUGGGAACGCCACCUUAGCACACCACUGUUGGUGACCUGUUCAUAAUGUAUCACGUGACAUCCUGUGGGCACAUACCUAAUCUGUCUUAAGCGUGCCAACUCCUGUGUAUUCUUGCUUGCUCUACAC